UAAGGCUGUCCUGCUUACAGCAGUUGGCCAGAACUUUUAGUUUACUCCCUGCGGAUAUCUGCUAGACGUUCUCUUCCAAACCGGCAGACCUUUGCCCUGAUUUCUGUGUCCCUUUUUGGUUGGACUUGGAAUUAACUCAUUCCCCAUAAGCUGUAUCCGACCACCCCACACACCAGCGUCUAGGCAUGCCUUGGCUCUCCUCAUUCAUAUCUGGCAGCUUCAGAAAUGACCUCUUUCAUUUGGAAAUGAGUUUAAAUCAAAACUUUCCGUAGUUGUCUGGUGGCCGAAAGCGUUGUUGUCUUGUGCUGCUUGGUGGCCAAAGCAUCAGAGGACCAUGCCACAGCCUCUCGCUGCGAGGGUAGAGAAAGUGGGCGGAGAGGAGGGAGCCGAGGAAGGGCGGAGGUCACCCAGCCCUCCAGCCUGCCAAGGCUGGGAGCAUCUCUAGGUGCUCUGGAGUCCAGGACACAAUAGGUCCUGCCUGUGAUUCAGCGCUCAGAAGGGUCCUAGGGAGGCGGUGGAACCAGGGGUUGCGGCUGCGCGGGGCUGGUUGCGCCAUGGAACACCGGGCUCCGCGCUCUUCUGCUCCGGACACAGCCACUCGAUGGCCCAGGAUGCCGAGAUGUCUGCACUUCGAGGCUGCACAGUCGUGACAGAGAGAUGACUUGAGGGGGACGGCGUUUAUCUCCACAACGAUGUCCAUAAACAGUUCCAAGCAGCCGGCGUCCUCUGCAGCUGGACUCAUCGCCAACACGACUUGCCAGACGGAGAACCGGCUUUCAGUGUUCUUUUCAAUAAUCUUCAUGACGGUGGGGAUUGUAUCUAACAGCCUGGCCAUUGCCAUCCUCAUGAAGGCAUAUCAGAGAUUUAGACGGAAGUCGAAGGCUUCUUUCCUGCUCUUGGCUAGUGGCCUGGUGAUCACAGACUUCUUCGGCCACCUCAUCAACGGAGGGAUAGCUGUCUUCGUAUACGCUUCUGAUAAAGACUGGAUCCGCUUCGAUCAAUCGAACAUCCUGUGCAGUGUUUUUGGGAUCUCCAUGGUGUUCUCUGGCUUGUGCCCACUUUUCCUGGGCAGUACGAUGGCCAUUGAGAGGUGCAUCGGGGUCACCAACCCUCUAUUCCACUCUACAAAGAUCACGUCUAAGCAUGUGAAAAUGAUACUGAGCGGUGUGUGCAUGUUUGCUGUCUUCGUGGCCCUGUUGCCCAUCCUUGGACACCGAGAUUAUCAAAUCCAAGCAUCCAGAACUUGGUGCUUCUACAACACAGAGCACAUCGAAGACUGGGAAGACAGGUUCUAUCUCUUGUUCUUUUCUUCCCUGGGACUCUUAGCUCUCGGCAUCUCAUUCUCGUGCAACGCCGUCACGGGAGUCACACUUUUGAGAGUGAAGUUUAGAAGUCAGCAGCACAGGCAAGGCAGGUCUCACCACCUGGAGAUGGUCAUUCAGCUCCUGGCCAUAAUGUGUGUCUCCUGCGUCUGCUGGAGUCCCUUUCUGGUGACGAUGGCCAACAUUGCAAUCAAUGGAAAUAAUUCCCCAGUGACCUGUGAGACGACGCUCUUUGCUCUCCGAAUGGCAACCUGGAACCAGAUAUUAGACCCCUGGGUCUACAUUCUGCUACGGAAGGCUGUCCUUAGGAACCUGUACAAGCUUGCCAGUCGCUGCUGUGGAGUGAACAUCAUCAGCUUGCACAUCUGGGAACUCAGCUCCAUCAAGAAUUCCUUAAAGGUUGCUGCUAUCUCUGAGUCACCGGCUGCAGAGAAGGAGAAUCAGCAAGCAUCUAGUGAGGCUGGACUGUAAGUCAAUGCACAGCUAGAAGAAAGUUAUGGGAACUUCCGAAACAUCUUACCUGACCAGACUCAGAGCAUAACUGGAACACUUGGACCUCUGUGUGUAGUUCAGGAGUACACUGGUCAGACAAAGCUUCUGACUUUUGUUAUGCUGGCUGCUGCAUGGUUGUGCAUUUUCAUUUGUUGGUGUCAACAGGAGAUUCAACAUGGUGGAGUUAAGUAGAGUACACAUUUUAUCUGCGUGACUUAUGUUUUUGGAAUAAAUGAAUCUGUUGAGGCCCUGUGCCUUUAUUUGACCUAUUUUUCCAAGCACCUUAAUGCUACCUGCACCGUGACAUGGCCAUUUGAGGAGCACUGACUUGCAGACAAAGCUUAAAGUAACACAAGACUUUUUGUGUUUGUGUGUGCAGCUCUGCUCUGUUUACCAACCCACGUGUCCUCAAUGUCUGCAUGACCAUGACAUCUGAGUCUCGUGGUGACUUUGAUGGCCACUAUGUAGGCAGCUCAGCUUGACAUUGUGGGGCUGAUGAGGAUAAUCAUUCUUGUCACAACUCACAUGUGUGGUUGCUUGCAUUUGUUGUUGUGAAGGUCAAUUAUUUUUUCCACAUUGGCUGUCCUCCUAUAAAGUCAUAGGUUUUCAGUGUCUAAGUAAUCCCCCUUUCCUCUGAAAAUUGUAGAGGAAUACAGGCUUUAUCUUAGCACAGAUUCAGCUCAUGAUAGCAUAUCAUAAGCCCUAUUGUGGAUGAUGCAAACAUUGAAAUCCCACUUACACAUGCCAAGAACAUGGCAGACAUUGCUUUACCUGAGCUAUCAUUUCUGUGUCAGAGAAUAAAAAACGAUCAAGACACAUUCGAAGUCUCUUGGAGCUAUUGUGUUUCUGCCUUACACACACAGGCAUAAGGGAGUUCUGUUAACAGUAAUUUCACUAAAUAAGUUGAACCACACUUCCAAAAGCCUGUGUUAUCAGUGAGGAGUGGAAAGAUCUGAAAUUAGCCAGGAGUUGGGAUCCACUGUUGUGGUUAACCCGAGGCUAAGGGACAAGAUUCUGUCGCCAAGUUUCCCAAUCUUAAUUCACACUUCUCCUUUGUAUAAUUUAACACAAAGAUACUCAAUUUCAGUAAUCACUCUAAACAUUAGUUCCAUCAGUGACUACGGUUAGUGGUUAUAUUUUAUAAAGAAAUGUAUUUUCAUAUUUAAAAAAUUCCUUUCUUUUAUCGUUUGUCUUUAUUUAAAAAUUUCUAUUUUUUUCUUUGCUAUGUGUAUGAGUGUUUCACCCGAAUGUAUUUCCGAGCAUUACGUACCUUCCUAGAACUUACUUAAACCAGAAAAGGACAUCGGGUCCUUACAGAUGGUUAUAAGCUACCAUGUGGAUACUAGGAAUUGAGCCCAGGUUCUCUGGAAGAGCAGCUGUAGAGAGAAUUUUAAUCCAGCAAUUUGUGAAUUCAAUAGACUUAAAAUAGUACCUCCAACAUGGUUUCUCUGGCAAAAGAUCACAUCCGAAGAGCUUCUAGGUUUAUAUGAUCUGGCUUGAAUGCAGACAUUCUCUGGAUUAUAGUACAAUCUGGCUGUAACACAGACACACCCUUAGUACACACCUUUAAUCCCUAACAGUGAAGGAAAGUUAGUUUGUAGAAGGAAGUAGUCACUUUUGAAAUCGAUGUCCAGUUGAGGGUCAGACAGAGUGACGAAUCAGAGAAAGUUUUGACAGAAUGAGUUAGAGAAAGGAUGUGCUCAAUUCACGUGAGAACAGUACGGAAAGAGAGGAUGCCGAAAAGGGGAGAGAGAGAGAGAGAGAGAGAGAGAGAGAGAGAGAGAGAGAGAGAGGGAGGAAGAAGGAGGAGGAGGAAGAGGAGGAGGAGGAGGAUGAAGAUAAGGAGGAAGAGGAAGAAGGGAGGAGUGAGAGGAGGGGGAGGAGGAGGAGGGACUGCGGUGUGUGUUUAUGGUACCAGGACAGAUUUAUAUAGUUUGGCUGUAGGGAGAACAAGCUGGAUACAGGUGAAGACAGAGCAAACCAAAAAAUGAGAAGGAGCCAGAAGAGUAGACCUUAUUGACAAAGUUCGUAUGAGGCCAAGCAAGCAAUCAGGCAGAAGUGGAGAGAAGCCAGACUGAAUCAGUCAGCUUGGAAGAUUAGAUUGUUUGGAGGAUAGACGCUUUCAGGCCUAGGCCUAGGGAUAAUUAGAACAGAGAAAGAAGUGCUCUGGGCUCAGCCUAAGCUGUGUAUCCACAGAGCUAGAAAACAGGUUUCAUCCCAUCCCUUCAUCUGAGGAAAUAAAGGCAUCAUUUUCAAGUGCUGCUUAACUGCUGAGCCAUCUCUCCAGCCUUUCAAAACUGUUUUUAUCUGUAAAAAUAAUUUUGGAUUCUAGGAAUCCUGUAAACUCAACAAAAUAGUAUUUUUAAAAACCUCUGCUUUUGAUUGGUAGCUUACAUUGGAUAUGAUUACUGCUUUUGGUAAAUUCUCAUUAGUAAAUUAAAAGAAAUUAAGCAAACAGCCUCGUUGAAGACUUAAAGAAAAUUAUUUGUAGUGAUUUGAAAGGAGUACACACUAUCAUGUGAUAAUCUUAAUUUAAAGGCAAGUGAUCAAUCACACAGUUGAUUCUUAUGUAGAGAAUAUGUCAGAGAAUAGACAACAAUUUUUGGUGUAAAUUUAGCACGGGGUUGUAAAGAAUGUGCCCAGUUUAAGUGUAAGCUGAUACCUAUAUGUGGGUUAUUGUGAUGUAGAUAUGUAUACAUAUAUGUAUGUAAGUUCCCCUGUGCAUGCAUGUGUUUAUGAAUAUGUGUGUAUAUGUAUGUGUAUAUAUGUAUAAUGCAUAUGAUUGUAAAAGGCAUUACAAUUUAUGAUUAAUGUUACAUUACAUAAGUGUUAUCAUUUUUAACUUCAAGAGUACUCAAAGUUUGGAAAACCAUUUGGUCACUUCACGCACUUUCAGAGCAGAUUUCUUUCCUACAGCAAUAAGAUGUUGCUAUCUCACAAACUGAGGCUCAAAGAACCAAAUCUCUGUCUUUCCUAAUUAUAGUUUGCAUAACUCUGCAAUGAACAUUGGCAUGUAUUCCAACUGAGGAAAGGUAGUAAGAAGGAACUUCGAGACUCCAGGUCUCUUCAUAGAGCCUCUGAUACAGACACAAUUGUUCUUCUACCUACUUUGAUGUCUACAAUGAGACCAUCUUUUAACAUCAUGCUGUGCUGAAGGCAAGGCUCUGGGAAGAGCCAAGGAGUUACUCAGUGCAUAUUCUGGAAGAUUUAUCCAUGCUACUUGAGCAUACCGUUUAGGCAAAAAAAAAAAAAACCCAAAAAAACAGAAGAACAAAACAAAAUGAAAAACUGAUCUUAAGAUGAGGAUAAACCCACAGUGUAAAUAUAAAAAAUUGAAAAAGUUUCAUGUUAUACCUGACUCUAAAAUUCUGUUUGUUAUAGUGCCUGUUGUACCUAGUUUACUGUACAGUGAGCGAUAGAGAAUGUGCUCACUGAUAACUUCCAUAGGGCUGAGUAGAAGUGUGCUUUUUCUUAGCCCUUAAAAUAAAGAGUACAAGUAGUGCCAAUGCGUUCACUAAUGUGAGUGUUUAAGCUCUGUUCUGACAUUUAUAGCCUGUAGCAUGAGGUAAACUAUUGUCUGCACAACGUCACAUACUAUCUGAACUUUGGGUUUCUGGAGAAUUGCAACCUUAAUAUGCAAACAAACACUAAACCUUUUUGGGGUCUUUGUAAUUCUUUUAUGAAAAUGAGAUAAAAUACAUAUAACGUUUUUCAAGGAUUGCAUGUACAGGGAGAAUAUUGAAUUGUAAUUAGCUCUGGGUAUGACUCCCAAGCAAGAUACUUACUCAUGGGUUUAGUGAGGGCAUAGAAAUAUUCUAAAGAAAGGAUGCUGCUUCUAAUUGUCUAUAAAGCAGAGAAUUCCUAGAUGUCAACACUCACAUAAAUGGAUAUAUCUGUUGUGUAAUAAAUCGUUUUCUUUUCUCAUGCUCAGACUUACCAGGCAAUCCUGCCUUGUUUUUGUGCCUAGAGUGAAGUUAGGCCCUGAAUAAGGGCACUCACUAAGUAUGUGGAAUGAAACAGUGUGGACAGUUGCUUGCCUGCUUUACUGUGUACCCCCAAGAGCUACAAAUGAACCGAUUUCUAGGGUCAGAAUAUAAAGACUGGAACUGUAUGUUUUCCUAAUUCUUCACCUGGUUGUCAGAAGAAUUCACCACCUGGUAAAUCAUGACACUUUGAGUCAUUACUGACACAUUUCAAGUGAAGAGGGAGUGAGUGUUUUUUUCGUUUUUGUUUUUGUUUUUUUGUUAUGUGAAUAAAUGCAUUUCGUGUCUUCAUA